CAUUUUUAUUUAUUUUAAUUCGAAUUUCACUCCCCCUCUUUAAAUGGCGAUGCGAGUUUUGCUUAGAGUGAACAACUUUUAGAGUAUUGCCUUCCAUUGUCGUUCCUGAACAAACAACGACGCCACUCUCUCUCGCUCUAGGUUUCGUCUUCCUCAAGCUCUCCGCUUGCCCUUUGAUAAGCUCAUCAGGUUAUAGUUAAGAGUCAGCCAUGGCGGACCCAGCUCUUAUGCAGCAAGAUAUGCCGUUGGGGUACAGAUUCUGCCCCACCGAUGAAGAGCUCGUCGGUCAUUACCUCCGGCACAAAUUGAUGGCUGAUGAUCCCUCCAUCCACGAUACCAUCCCUGAGAUUGACGUUUGCAAUUUCGAACCCGGGGAAUUACCAGCUGUUGUUUCAUCGUUUUCACUGAACAAGUCGGGCGAACCAGAAUGGUAUUUCUUCAGUCCUCGCGAUUACAAGUACCCUAAUAGCAAUCGGUGUAAUAGGGCAACAUCGAGUGGCUACUGGAAAGUGACCGGUCAAGACAGAAAAAUCAGGGAUCUUGCCACCAACAACGUUAUUGGGACCAAGAAGAGUCUGGUUUUCUACCAAGGACGCACCAAAAGUAAUUGGAUCAUUCAUGAAUAUGACCUUUUUCCUCCAAACCAGGGAACUUAUGUUGUAUGCAAGUUAACGAGGAAAUCCGAGAAGAAACCAAAAGAAAAAACGGAUGAGAUGGUUCAUGGUACAAGGAAGGCAAAUGCCAGUAUCGCUGCCGGCUAUGAAAAUCAAGCAAAUGAUAUGAUUCCAGGAGUACAAAUUCCGGACUCAGGUGACUUUGGAGGCUCACAGUACGAGGUGGGGUCAAGCAAUGAGAUGCUACGUGAUGAAUCAGAAGACGGAUUUGAUGUCGAUUCGUUUUUGCUGUCGUCUCCGCUUGAGGAUAAGCAAGACUAGUUGGAAAUAUUUACGGUCUCAUGCAUAUGCAUGCGUUGAGACAAUAAAGAAGGGGAGAAAAAACUAUUAUGUUCAAGGAGGAAAAAUACAAUUGUGGUGUGUAUCUUUUUUUAGUGUUCUUCGCAUUAAGUAUUUGUUUGGAUCAGUUUUUUAAAUGAUUUAGCGCUUGUUGUAACUAAGUUGUGAUCUACUCCUGAUCAUAUUAUGUUUGCAUGAAUACUAUUUCCUUUGGC